UCGUUGUGUCAUGUCGCAGCCAGGACGAAAAAUAUUGGAUAUAUAAUGCUUCAAAGUUCAUUUAUGACUGCUUUGAUUUUAAGUUUAUGAAAUGAUAUUUUGUAGACAUUUUUACAUUAAUGAAUAGUCAAAUACUGGAGUAGUUACGUGAAGAAAAUCAAGAGGAACUUUUUAUAUUUUGACAAGAGGUAAAAUGAAGAUUAAAGACAAUUAUCUGUCAAUUUGACAAAAUGACCUCCAUAAAUUCCAAGGUGACAACUCAUGACCUUUUGGAGGUCAAGGAGACUGAGAAUGCGGUUAAGGUCAGCACGGAGGAGCCACAUCUGGUCAGUCUGGGUAGUGGUCGACUGUCCACCGCGGUGACUAUACUACCAAUACAUCAAGGGCGAACUGUAAUAGGAAGUAGUUCGGGUAAAAUCAUUCCAGAUAUAGUUGUAGAGGGCACUGGCAUCGAAUAUAAUCAUUGCUAUAUCGAUAAUAAAAAUGGAGUCAUAACGCUGCAUCCCUCGGCGAAACUCUGCUCAAUAGAUGGCAGUAUCAUCGAUAAACCAACGCGACUAGCUCAAGGCUCGAUGGUAACUCUGGGACGUUCCAACUAUUUUCGCUUCAAUCAUCCACAGGAAGCCCAGAAAAUAAAAGAAGCCAUGCCGAAUUGUCGGAUAUCUUGUGCUCCCCUCAAUUUUCUUCAAGAUCUGGAGAAUAGCCCAGAUUAUAUGAAGAUGAUUUCGGACGCCGACACAAAAAGAUCAAAGAGAGGCUCCGGGGAUUCAACGUCCUCAAAGAAAGAUCAGCGUGACAGCCUUGAAAGUUCGGACUUUGUCAAUAAAGUUUGUAAAUUUGAAAUGUUUUCGCGUGGAAAGACUUCACCAACUGCCAAAAGCCCAACGGAGAAACAAAAUACAGUUUCGGGGUCCGGCAAACACGCGAACGUCACACCCUUUCAAGGAUUUGUCGGAGAAAAAGUGUUUUCUCGGGAUACAGCAACUACAAGAAUAUCGGCUGCUAGUUUACUGCAAGGAGGAAACGAUCGUACUUCCAGUACGUGCAGCACCAAAAGUUCAAGUUCGUUAACCAGCGUCAGUACAUUGAGCUGGAGUUCAGAUUCUUCAGGUUCUCAACGUUCAUCAAACACACCAAGUCUUCCAAACGGUGGGCAUGCCCAUUCUACCUCUACGUCUCAUUCAAAUACUAAUGGACAGAUAAAAUCACCUAAUGGUUUCCCCAUCUCCCCACGAACCUCGGUCACCUCCCCAGGUCCCUUCAGUCCAUCUCGUCUCGAUCCAUCUCGACCAAAAUCAGGGGAACAGAUAGUCGCUUAUGGACCUAUAAGGCCAAAAUCGGGAGGCAGAAAUGAACCUCCAGUGACCUACCCGAAACCGGUUGAAGUGAAAAGUGUUUUAACAAACGGAGAUACUCAUAAUGUGAAUCUUCGAAAUAAAGAAAAUCAGACCGUGUCGAGUGAACGAAACACAUUUGAAGGAAUAGAAUUUGAUUUUAAUGAGCUCACAUCGAGUCAACAGGACCUGUCUAUCAAACAUCGCGAAAUCGUUGAAAAACGAAAAGAAGAACAGGAACUUCAGAAGUUAGAAAGGCAGCGAUUGGAGGAUAUUUUAUUGAUGUGUUCAGAAUAUGAGGAACAGUUAGAAAGUGAGAAAUUCGGAAGACCCGUCGCGAAAUUUGAAAAAGAUUUAAAGUCUCCUCCUGCUAAGAAAACUCUUCCCCCAGGAUUCCUCAAUUUAACGGCCGUCAAUGAUUCCAAUUCGUUGGAACGUAAGAAUCAUCUGGAUAAUAAAUCUUCCAUGUCUAAAAUUAAAACCAAUGGUUCGUUAGGUCGUGUCACCUCCCCGAGUCAACCUUCACCAAAAGAAUCCCCAUUUAAUGUGCCUCAUUGUUCAAACUCAUCGAACUCUAACUCGGAGGAGGAACUAAGCGGCAGCUCCGAAGAUACGGGUACCAUAAAACGUCGACCAACUCCAAGUGAUUCUUCUAGUGAGGCCAAAACUCCGACAUCUGCUCUGUCUCCGGGAGUUUUGUCUCCGCGAAGCUUAAAUUCCAUGUUCGAACGUGGACCAACUAGUCCUCCUUUGUCUGUGCAGAAUUCAAUCGAGCAAAUUUUAAACACAUCCUUUGAAUCCCAGCAAGAAUUAGCGCGUAAUGAUUAUGGAAUAUUCAGUGCUCAGUUUAACGCUCAAAUAUCGGACUACAAUCUGGACGAGGAUGAAGAGGAUUUAUUGAGAAGAAAUAGUGCCACGUAUUCAUCCACGCAUUCAUCAACAUCGUCAAGUUCGCGAACAAUUAAAGAAACGUCGCCCGAUAUAUCGAGUUUAAGUGCUAAAGAGGAUACUCCUACGCCCGUUAAUAGUGAUGCGGAGAGUAGUAGUCCUGUGUUGAAGGUCAGGGAGCAGACGGCCAAUAAGUUGUCCAAUAAAUACGAGGCACAGUUAACGGAGAAUAAUAAUAAACCAAUGAUAUCCUCACCCAACAGAAUCAAGUCUGAUCCAGAUAUGGAGAGACAGUUAAAUGAACUAAAGCAGCAGAAAUAUGAUAUAUUACGAACAAUCGCUGAUCUAAAACAUCAGAUAUCUGAUAUAGAGAACCAAGAAACAGAAGCCAUUAGAGGACUGGAAAUGGAACGAGCGUUGUUGGAAGGUGAACAUCAGACGGAGAUGGAACAACUACAACACGAUCAGGAGCAGAUCAAUCUGUUGAAACAACAACAAGCAGAACUGAUGGAAAGAGCUUCACGCGAACGACAAAAGAUGAAGAGACGGGAAUUAGAGGAAAUGGAACUUGAAAGAGAGAAGCUACGUAGUUUAGAAUCUAGUACUUAUGAGACAGAGCAGCUCCUUGAAGCCUGUUCAAAACCUGACGAAGAAGAAAAACUACUGGAUAAAUAUCGACAAGAGCAGGACAUAUUGGAAACCCAACGCCAUCUGUUGGAGGAUCUAGAAUUCCAAAAUUUAGAGGAAGAAGCCAAGUUUGAUGAAGAUAAAGACCAUCUAGAAACACAGCUAAUUAAAGGACAGUCCGUUAUAUUAGAUAAAUAUAAAGCUAGAGAGGAGCGAUUAAUUGAAAUAGAUGGUCAGCAGAAAGAGAUGGUUAAAAGUGUAAAAAAUGAUCUGGAAAACUUUGAAAAGCAACGCUCCCGUCUGGUAGAUCUCUUCCGAAAGGAGAAAUGUAAGCUCGCUCCAUUGGAGAGUAAGAUCGCUGACAUUUGUAGCAUGCUUGCUCUACCGAUAAACAACGAUGAAUUAGAUGGGUUGCUAUUGGAUACGAAUGUAGACCUUGAGGAGAAGUAUGAUAGUGCCUUAUUAUGCCGAGAUUUAUUAGAAAGCCCGAAACGUAGAAUCGGCAGUGACAGUUUCCUGGAUAUUGGAAAUGGAGAAAGAAAAAAAUCUGUUACUAUCAUGGAGAUUGAGAAAAACCGAUCACUCUUCAUGGAGCAACAAGGUAACAUAAUUAUUGACCAUGAAAGAAAAAGACUUGAAGAAUUAAAACGAAGAGCCGCAGACGAAGGCAGGGCAUUAUGGGAAGAGAGACGAUUACGUGAAGCGAACUGUAAAAGUUUUAAUUCUCUUGAGUCGGAGGAAUCAAGUAUAUCCAGUAGCUGUGAAACACCAUCUGAGAAAGAAACAAGUGUAAGUAGCGGUGAGGAUCACCUCGAGAAGUUAGCGGAGCUGGAGAGAUUAUUAGCACAGGCGCAGACGGACAAGUUACGUCUGGUGGAAGAACAGGUUCAGUUCCGUGAAGUAGAGAUGUCUGCUCUACAUGAAGAGAGACAGAGAAGAGAAGAGUUAGAAAGGAAGUUACAGGAAGAAACGAGAUUGAGAGAAGAGAUAAUAAAUCAACAAGUUAAAAUGAGAGAAAAACAGAGGCAACAGGCACGGCCAUUGACCAGAUAUUUACCAAUCAGAAAUAAGGAAUUUGAUUUACGCCAGCACAUAGAAUCAGCUGGUCAUCAUGUUGAGGCAUGCUCGCACGUCAUAGUGACGUCAAACAGUUGUCGCGGUUUUCUCCAUAAAAUGGGAAACAAAUUUAAAACAUGGCAUAAACGUUGGUUUGUGUUUGAUCGCGUGAAGCGAUCGUUGACUUAUUAUGGAGAUAAAACUGAAUCGAAGCAACGAGGCGGAAUUUACUUCCAGGCCAUAGAAGAAGUAUAUGUGGACCAUUUACGCACAGUCAAAAGCCCGAACCCUAAAUUAACAUUUUGUGUGAAGACGUACGAUAGGACCUACUUUCUUGUGGCGCCAACACCUGAAGCGAUGGGUAUCUGGAUUGAUGUUGUGUUUACAGGAGCGGAGGGAUACCAACAAUUUUUAUGAUGUGGUUAAUGUGUGUUUAUAAAGUGAUAUUUUUUUAUAUAUAAAGUGCGUUACUAGGGUUUACGACUGUGUUAAUAUGCAAAGUGACGGAGGAUAUAUUUUAUGGGAUAGUUGAAAGAAAUCGUCAGACAACCGAUUUUUACAAUAAUGUGCUUUUGUGUUUUAAUUCCAAGGUGCUGAGAGAGAGAAACGUACAGCAACUCUCAAAGUGUUUUUAUUCUGUAUACUGUAAAUACUUCUCUAUAUUCUCCGCGAACAUUAACUAAAUCCAGGCGCGGACAAAUCCAGAUUCAGAAAAUUGCUUUACAUAAAGGAAAUACCAAAUUCAUUUUGAAUUAUUCUUGUUAUGAUAAACUGCUGCUAAAGUUUUGAAUUUCUUUUAUGUAGCCCUAUUUUAAAGUUGUCACAAUUAACAAUGUCUUUAAAUUUUUAAUUUUAAAAAAAAAGUAUUUUAUAUUUCUGUUUUUAUGAAAAGACUUACAAAUCAAGUUAUUGUUACAGAAGAUCUUAUGAAACUUUUAUAUUCAUUUUAUUUUUGUUUAUUCUUUGUGUGUCAGUGUUGUUUUCAUGUUUUUAUGUAAUUGUAGCAAAAGUUAAAACAUCGUAAACAAGUAACGAUCGUCAGAAAUAUUUUGAGUUUUUUUCCAAAUAGAUGCUAAUAUCCGAGAUUCUCAAUUUCUUGUUCUUGUAACUUUACAUUUUCUCUGGUUCAACUGUUGAAAUACUUUUUCUCUGGUUACCUCCCUUUGUUAUCGAUGAUCUAAUGGUAUUACCAUUCUGAGCUUUUAUUGUUAACUUUUGGACAUUAGUAUAUGUUACUCUGAAAAUGACAGAUUUAUUUUCAAGUGAAUAGCUGACGCCAACAUGAACUAGCAUACGGUCCUACAAUGUAAUACCUUGGUCUGUUUGUAACGGUCUAAUGAACUGUAGUUUUGACUGGUUUCUGGCUUUCUCUAAUCUUUUUCAAGGAAAUGGAGUAGUCAAUAUUUGCAUGUACCAAGUGCUAAAGGAACCAAUACGGGCCUUUAUAUAACUAUUAUAAAUAUUUCUGACAGCGGUUUGCUUGUUUAUGAAAGUUGAUGUGUAAAGGCAAUUUAAAUCAGAUUUAUUUGUCGCACCAUUGUAUGAAAUUUAAAAUCAAACCUUAAAAUUGUACAGGCCCAUAACUAAGGGAGGAGGGGGGCACAGGAUGGGGUGGGGGUGGGGGGUUGCUUAUUUGGCCUCCUCCCCCUGUGAAAAAAAUAGAUAAACAUUAUCCGUCAUUUUUACAGCACCCCUGAGAACAUUUCCCGCCCCCCUCAUUGCUCUGAGCUAGUUACGGCUCUGGAAUUGUAAAUACAUUUUAUACACUAAGCACAUUUACUAUUUAGUCUGAACUCAAAUAUGGAAUUAAAAUAUUACCGUUAGACUUUAAUGUUAUUUUGUUUAAGGUAUAAAAACAGAUACAUGUAAUUAUUAGUGUUAAAAUAUUAUAAAUAAUAAUAAAUUUUGCACACUAAGCUGAUUUACAGUUUAGUUUGAAUUUUAUUAUGUCUGAAAUGUGAAAUUAAAAAUAUAAAAAUAAUGUUAUCUUAUUUAAGGUAUAAAAAUGAAUGUUAUCUUUUUUGUUAGGUAUAAAAAUGAAUGCUAUCUUUUUUUAGGUAUAAAAACAUGAAAUUAAAAAUAUAACAAUUAGACUGAAUUCCAAUAUGGAAUCAAUAACCAAAAUGGUUAAAAUGUUUUCUCUUAUUUAUAAAAACAUAAAAUUAAAAAUAAAAGUACAUGUAUAAAAGUUAAAAUGGUACAAGCAAUUAUCGGUACAAUGUACAUUAGAUAUUUAUUUUCGAAAAAACAUUUUUUUUAAUUUAAUUUACACUAUUUUAAUUUUUGUUUUGUUAGAAAUUUUUUAUAAAUACCAGAAAUAUAAUAUAAUGAAAUUUUAUAAAAGAUUUUCGGAAACUAUUUCAUUCUGCAUUUAUAUCAUAUGUAUGUAAAUACAUGUUAAAUUUUAAUUUUUAAAAAAAUCAGUGACCUUAUACCAUAAAAUAAGAUGUUGAAUCAGUUAAAUUGUAUAUAACAUCCCAAAUUAUAAAAUAAUCCAGUUAUAUUGCUGUUUUUAUGUUUUAUUUUGUAUAAAAUCUUCUGUUAUUUUUAGUUCUAUAUCAAUUUUAGAAUAUUAUGUACAGUGCUCGGAUAAAGAAUUGUAAUUAUUAUUAUACAGUUUUAAACUAUAUGUCAUGGAACUAUUUUAUACUGUAUAUAAUAAAUUAAAUUUCCAUGAAUUUUUAAAAUGGAUUAUUAAUUAUCCGAAACCAAAUAAUUUUGGCAUUAUUAGCACCAAAGCAGUUUUGAACAUCUUGGAAGAAAGGUCCGUGUGGGACCACAAUCCAAAAAACUUCAAAGACUGAAAAUUCGGUAAAUAGUUAUAUGUACAAGUUAAAAGUUAAAGAUGCCAUAAUUCUAAAUAUUUUAUAUGAAAUACUGUGGACAAAAGAAAGUUUUCUUGUUUUUUUCUUCAGCGUAAAUCAGUGGUGUAAGGGAAAUAACUCCAUUUAACACUUAUUCAAUGUGUAUUGUUACUCGCUUUGGAGAAAGAUGAAUAAAAGUAUGACAUGUACUUAAAUUUAAUUAUAAAAAUAUACACGAUAAGCAUUUAAAUGAUUGAAUGAAAUGAAAUUCUUUAAUUAGGCCUACCAAAAUAUUAAAUCCCUUGAUCGUCAUUUUUUUAUCAGAAAAUAUCUAAUUUCUCAUGGUCUAAUCCAUGCAAAUUUUUUUCACAUUAGGCCUAAAUAUUAACAGUAGAUAAUCUCCCAGAUUGGAUUUAAAAGAGUCCCAUCAAAAAUUUCGCAAAGAUUGUUUGUUCCAUUUCCCGUCGCAAGAGAAUACAGAAUGUUGACUUUCAUUAUAUUAUGGUAAAAAAAAUUGGGACUGAUAUUCCUUUUAUAUCCCAAUCUGAUUA